AGCAUGAACAUCGGUCUGUCCGAGGCUCCUGUCUUCCGACUUCUCGGCGUCAGGGUGGGCCUUGGCACUCCGAGCACUCGGUGUCGGUUCCGUGAUCCUGCCCCGGUAGCUCUCCUCUUUCGUAUUUCACCGGGUUCCUCCUCUUCCUCUUCCUCCUCCUUGUGACGGAAAAAAAAAGCAACGAGCGCUGGCGCCUGAGGGGGGCCCACAGUCGGUGAAUGUCCCAAGCUAUGAUGGGAGGUUGCCUACAUCAUCACUGCCCCGCAGGCAAGCUGAUUUCCACCACAAAACCAGCGCUGCGUGUCCUCUUCUUUCCGCAGGGCGGUGAACGCCGGGGUGUUGACCGAGUGUGUAGCUCGAGGAACAAGAGGAAGCUCCCGUCCAUGUGCUCGUCACAACUGGCCCGUUCGCCGUCGGUCUGCCAUGCUCCGCCCUAGGCAGAGUCGCGUGGCAGAAGCGAAGCUGUUGAUGCUGAACUCGUGCGCCCCUACUACUCUGCAUUUCUCCGCUGCUACGACACACUGCCCACCCGAAGAAACGGCUCGCUCCUCACCGAUCCCAGACCAGGGCCAUCCCUUUCCUCGAACAACACUUUUCCUACGCUUGGCAAGGGUUCGACUGGCCCUGCUUUGGUGAUUCGUCCUCGACGUCGUUAAUAUCCAUGUGGUUUCUAUCCGGGGUCUCGCUGGGCGGAUGCGGCUUCCAAGGGUGCCACGGACUCAUAAUGAACUGGUCGUCUUGUUGCGGAUGAUAUAAAGAACAAGAGAGACGGCAGGGGAGAGAACGCUUCGAUUGAAGCCCGACUACAGACGAGUUCAAACCCAGCAACAUUGGGCCAUUUUUCAGACAUCCCACUCGUCCAGGUCAUCGCCAUUGAGCAUCAUCCUGCAACCUGUCCACCAUGUCCACCAACGUCAACUUGACCCGAGGCACCGACGGCCAACUGUACUACCAAGACAACCACGGCCACUGGCAUCUCUACCCGUCGUUGAACUAUUCGAAUCCGUCGUCCUACGUCACCAACCAGCAAUACUCCCAAGAUCCGAACCCUCCCCAAAACCCAACCUACCCGGAGGGAUUCGAGUACGAUGAGGAGAGAGCUGAAGCUGGAAGCUUCCAAGGGGACCCGCACGAGAGCAACGGGGAAGCUCGUCAUGCGUCUUCAUCUUCGCGAAGGCGAUAUGACGACAGGGUGGCCGAAUAUGUCGAGGAUCAGAAGAGAGACAGGAAACACCGCGACAAACCACGCGACAACACACGAACUAGCCGUCGCAAGCACAAGGAAUCCACUGAGAAGAAACUCAAUGACAUCUUGAAGCCAUUCAGGAGUAAGGGGUAGUGUGUCACGGUGGUUUGCUAGCUUGUCAGGGGGGGCCGGCUUCUCAUUUGAGUCAUUGAGUUCGAUUUUAGACAGGUUUAGAAGAGGGUUUGUUCGUGCCUAGAGUGGUUAUAAGCUAGAUAGAUUCCGUCUCCAGGGUUCAAGUGGUUUUUAGAUACUUGGCUUGGUUUUCUUUUUUUAACUGAUCUGUUGGAAUAUGAUUGUGUC